GCCAAGCGAUGAGCACUGAUUCGUCGCGCGAUUACUGAUAACGCGGGCCACUGGCCCGAGGCGGCCUGGAUUUCGCUCGCUAUCAACGCGUAUCAUUUGUGUUUUGACCGGCAUCCGCGAUGGCAGCUCCCGCGUCCAGCGUCGUCGUGCUCGACAGAGGAAACAAUACAACAUGCACGAUCAACUUGCAUGGUAAGCAUUUAAUAAUAAAUUGCACUUUGGUACACUGCUACAGAUCGAUAAGACCGAACAGUCAUAAUUAUUAUUGUGGUCGGAACGAUAUAAUUGUUUAAUGAAAAAUAAUAAUAAUUUCACCGGACACGACUGGCCUUGAUAUAUAUUUAAAAAAAAAAAAAAAAUAAAUAAAUUAAUACCUACGUAUUAUAUGCUAUUGUCCUGUGUACUUUUUACUUUUUUGCUUUUUUUUUUUUUAUACAUUUUAUUAAUUUGGUUUCCUUUUUUAAUUAUUUUUACAGGUGCUACUGUAGUCUCCUGGAGGGUCAACAAUCAAGAACAAUUGUUCGUCAGGUAUUUUGCUACAUUUAAAAUAAUUAAUUAUUUUUAUAAUUUAUUCGUUUUACUCCGUUUCAUUUAUGAAAAUUCGAUUAAAAUGUAUACGAAAAGUAGGCGAUUUGAGUAGGUACUUACCUAGUUUUUCAUUAUCAUUAGGUACCUAUCUAUGUCUUGAAAUUUGAAUAAUUGUAGGUACCUAUACUCGAAUGACCGUAAUUGAAAUUCGAAGAUACAGAAAAUAAAUAGUCGUAAAAUGUAAUUUUAACUUUAAUUUAGAUUAUUUGAAAAAACAAAAUUAAAUCCCGUUGUAAAAAUAUGCCAAUUUUAAUUUUUUUUGAUUUUCCUAACAGUCUUCAUAAUAGUUUCGAAUAAUCAGAAAUAAAAGUAUGAAUUAACGGUUUCAUUAUUUUCGAGUUUUGAUUUUUUAUUGUUUCUAAUCGUAUAGAGCUGAAAUGUUCACAGUAUAUUUAUGCUAGUAUUUUCAAGACGUGGUCAAAUUUUAAAAAACAUUCUGACAAAUGUUGAGCUAUUUAUAGAUAUUUUACGUUUGCUAAUUUUAAAUUUUUUAGUUUUUAUGCGGAUUAAAUUGUUUUGCCUGAACAUUUAAUACGUGGUUCAUUUAUACAAGUUUAGUAUAAUGGUCGAAAAAAAAAAGUUGAUUGUAAUAUAGUAGUUAAAGUUGAUUGUAAUAUAGUAGUUAUUUAUUUAAAAGCGUUUUAAGAACAGAUUUUGACAUAUUUUAAGAACAGAUUUUGACNUAAAUUGUUUUGCCUGAACAUUUAAUACGUGGUUCAUUUAUACAAGUUUAGUAUAAUGGUCGAAAAAAAAAGUUGAUUGUAAUGUAGUAGUUAUUUAUUUAAAAGCGUUUUAAGAACAGAUUUUGACAUAAUUCGUAGAAUGUACGGUAUUUCGAAACGUGUAUAAGUUAUAUGCAGUGUAACCGAACUUCGCUUAGAAUCGUUUUUUGUCAGCAAUGGUUUAUCGUUAUCUACGGAUAUAAAUUAAAUAACUUUUCGUAUCCUACCUACUCUCAACUUCCUACCUAUACAACAACGGUACACCUAUCACUAGAAUGGGCUUUUUUUUUUUAAUUUACCUAUACAUUAAAAAUGAUAUCUGUGCCAGUUGAUGUAUCUACCUGUGGUUUUUUUUUCUAUAUAAAAUAAUAACGAAUUCAAAUGAGAGGGUACAUAAUUGGAUUAGAUUUACAUUUGUAUAUAAUAUUAUGACGUAGGUAUUAUAUAGGGGUUAUCGGACAUUGCGGUCAACUAUAAUAGGUAUAAUUUUUUCGAUUGUACAAUAUUUUCAUUAGUUUGACAUAUUGUUUAGAACAGUUUUAACUCUGGAUAUGCACUGUAGAUUUAUUCCUUACUUUUGUUUAAUAGGUACCCCUAUAGGUUAUAGUAUUCCCGCCAAUCGUUGACCGAAAAAACCAUGUUAAUAUCCUUGAAUAAAGUUAAGCAACGCAUUAAAAAUAAUGUAUCGGAAUCUACAUAAAAAAUAACAUUAUUAGAAACGUUUUCUCUUUAUCGAUAUUAACUGUGGUUUCCUUUUGGAUUUCCCUAAUUGAAAUUGAAAUUGAUAAAAAAAAAAAAUUGUCAUAAAUCAAAUUUUCAAAUUUAACUUCACCCAUAAUAUGUAAUAAUGUAAUAAUAUAUAUAUAUAUAAGUGAGAAAUCCACCUUAUCUGUCCACUAUGUGCAAAAUUUAGAAUCUGUACGUAAUUCCUUCAACUCAAUACACAAGCAUACACAUCCGUUCUACAUUUUAGACAUAAUGUACUAAGUUUUUUAGGAUUUAUAAAAUUAUCUAUAUAGGUAUAUCGUUUAAUUUUGAAAAAGAAAAUCUAAAAUCAAUUUAAUAUUUAUAGUAACGAAAAUUCCGUGUGAAACAAAAAAAAAUAAACAAAUGGGCAUACUUCGCACGAUGGGUGAGCCACUGUUUUAGGUAAGAAGUUGGGAAGGUACAGGGAAAUUUAAUGUAUAUGUGCGCGCUAUGAUUUAUUAUUGCUAACGAAAAAGGAUUCUGAGUGGAGUUUGGUUAUAAAUGUUUUGAACGGCCGUAAUAUUUAUGAUUUGAAAAUUAUACAUUUAGUAUUUUUUUCCUUUUUUCCCAGGUUUCCCUAUUUAUUUUGAAAACCCUCGAGGAAAAAAUGACCUCCCUAUAGUUUCACCCCAAGCAGAUUUCCUUUGGAAAAAGUGCUAUUAUUGUAAACCGGAUUAAAUUUUCUGGUAGAAAAGUUGUUCAUAGAAAAAAAAUAUAAAAAUAAACAUCAUUGUAAAAACAAUACAUUCCUCGCUCCGCUCAGAAUCUAAAAAUUAUAAUACUAUCCUCGUGUAUUAUAAACAUACGAAUUUAAUUUUAAUUUUAAACGAUUACCUAUAAUCUAUUAUAUUUAUUUUGUACCACUUAUAACUUAGGUACUCUUAAAAUAGGUAUAUUUUGAGUAUCGUCAGGUGAUCUAUAUAAGUAAUUGUAUACUAUUUACAAUAAUAAUUUUUUUUAUUUAUUGAUUGCUAUGUUAUAAACAUUCAUUAAUUUAGAAAUGUAUUCAUAUUUUAUUGUAAGUAGGUACUUACAUCAUUUUUUUUAUUUUUGUACUAGUAGGUGCUGCACGUCUUAACAUUACUAUUUGACGCAAGGUAACAUAUUCUAUAGUUUCGGUAGAUUUUUAAUUUUUAAUUUUUUUCCCUAUUUUAGUUAACAUUAUUCGCGAACUGAUUAAAUUCAUAUAUUAUUAUAGGUAGGUACAGUUAAAAAAAACUACUUAAAUUGUGAGACACCUCCCCCUCCGUAUCUGAAUAAUUUGUGAUUUCACAAGUUGCUCUUUAUGUAGAAAACAAAAAUAACCGAAUUAUGAAACGAACGCUUCGAAUUUAUUUGAGUUCAUUUGAAUAGAUAGGUAUUAGGUAGGUGGAAAAGUAAAUAAUAUUGUACUCUUUGACAUCGAAUUGUUUUCAGAAAAAAAAAAAAAAAUAAAGAAAUUUAAUACAAAUUAUAGAUCUAUUCAAUAUUUAUUGUUGAUGUGGGUAUAUAUUUACUGUAUCAGUACAAACGUAUUUUAAUUAAUGUAGAAAAAUACCUGCAUUUUUUCCAAAUCAGCUAAUAAACAAAUUUUAUUCUGGCGCGGUUAUGUCAAUUCUGCGCACUAUAAUUUAAGCUUUGAUUUAUUUGUUUUAAGUAGGUUAUUAAAACACACAUAAAUAAACAGACUCACAAUAUUGAUUUGAAAUUGGUUUUCAGCUGUAAUUGAACAGUACCUUAUUUAUUUAUAAAACAUCAUAUUUGAAAAUAAGUUAAUGUUAGGGCUGGGAUUUAUAUAUGAUACAAAAAAGCACGAGUACCUAUGUAUUAUAGAAUUUAUUAUCAGCUAGGUAUUUAAUAUUGAUUAAAAAUCGAUUUUUUUUUUUUGCUUGAAAUGUUUUAGGUGCAUUAUUUUCUUUUUAUUUCAGUAGGUUCGGCAAGUAUCGUUGUAAUAAAUCCAAUCAUUUUCAUAUCUGUUUUUCUGUCCAUUUUAUGUAUAAUUUUGUCUAAUAGAUCUAAGGCGGUUGAGAUAAAUUUUUUUAAAUAUCAAUAAAUAUCUGAUAUGAAAUGACAAAUUAUUUUAGUUUUCAGUGCUUAAAACUAAAUUUACGAAUUAUGAUGUACAACAAAAACGGAAGUUACAAAACAAUGGGAAAAUUCUAUGUGGGUAUUUAUGACGAAAAAUGUGAUUAAAAUAAUAUGUAAAAUAAAAUAUGUAUUAUUUUGUUGUAAAUCACGUGAAACGAAUUUAUCGUUAUUUUAAAUUAAAUUAUCACGUUUUAAUAAAAAUUUAUAUUUACAAUCGGAUCGCGGUCCAUAUUUAUUAAUAUAUUUCGUUCUCGGGCACACCCCCUGCGUAAAAAUCGGAAAAUUAUUAUUUGUAGAAUUUUUGUAAACUGGAGAUUACUAGCAUAAUAAUAUUGUGUUAUAGUAUGUACGUAUUUUGAAAAGACCUUUUUAACAAACGGCACUGAACGAAAUAAUGUUAAACGCUCCAAGGUCGAGUUCUUUUUUUUUUUUUUCGUUUACGAGUUUUUUUCUCGAUAUAAAGUUGUAAAUAUAUACGUGUCAAAAGACCUACAACAAUAAUAUAAACCGUGAAAUGUGUGCGUUUUAUUCUGACAACGACGACAGUAUACUACCUAUACAUGUAUACUAUUAUACCUAUACACUGCACCGUACCGAACAACGUUAAGGUACCUUUUUUUUUUUUUUGCCCCCUUUUACACAAAUACAGCAAUAAAAAUCGUAAAGAAUUUUGCUUUCUUGUAUUGAGUCUAAAUAUACUACAUAAUACCUAAGUACACUUACACUGUACAGUCAUUAUAUUAUUAUGUCGAAGCAAACCGAUAUUUAUUUUUUUUUUCUGUUGUGAGAUUUAAUUUAUUAGUCGUAAACGAGAUCGUCGUUGACCGUUCCCAUCGUGACGCUCACAAAAUAAUAUUUAAAAUCUCGUCCCCCCCCCUCCUUCUCACCAUACUUGAUCGGGAUGAAAUUUGCUACACGCGUUUUUUCGUCGGAACAUACGCACCGCACGGACAAAAUAUUAUUAUUUAUUUAUUAUAUUCCGCGAUAACAUUCAAAGACGUCAGAGAUUUUUAGCACUCUAGAACACUGUUCUUUUAGCGCCCUUUCAUAAGAACAAUUUUGUUUUUAUUUUACAACACUGGAAUUUCAAGCUGUACACUUGUCGUUUUGUACUGCACGUUUUUUUUUUUAUCCAAACACACUAUUUUAGGCCCUGCUGAGCGUGUGCACUGGGUUAGUAUAUAAAAAAAAACGGUUUUUUUUUUACCACAUUUUAAAGGAUUAUAACGCCCGGAGUCAAGUCCUCCCUCUCCCUAAAUACGUCCCCGACAACAUUUGGGACGUUUGAUUUUAUAUUGUAUAGAGUUUUAUCUUUUAUCGGCAAUGAUAAAGUUCGAAACGAAAUUUGUUUGCUCGAUGAAAAUGGACCUCUAUAGGUUUCGUAGAUAUCGAUCUGAAAUGUUUACAGUUCAAAAUUCAAGUAUUUACCUUAAAACCGCACUAACCUAUAGAACUCUACAAAACAUAUUGUAUUUUUCCGUAUUCCGUUUAAGCAAGGGAAUAAGAAUUUUAAUAGGCGUGUAUUGUUAUUUUGACGAAAAUUAUUAUUACUGUUUUUUGCGGUUAUAACCUGUACGUUUUUUUUAUACAUAUAUUAAAUAAAAGUCUGCGUAUUUAUAUANAAAAUUAUUAUUACUGUUUUUUGCGGUUAUAACCUGUACCUUUUUUUUUAUACAUAUAUUAAAUAAAAGUCUGCGUAUUUAUAUAGAAGGGUUGGAACAUUAAUUUAAAAACCGAAAGCAUUAGCGUAGUUCUGAAUUCAUUUUUUUUUUUUUUUCUGUAGAUUGAAUUGCACUCGUAACAAACGCGACUAAAUUCAAUUUUAAUUAAAUGUGUUAAAUGGCUAACCGGUUAAUUAAUUUUUUUUAUAUAAUACUAAACAUCUGAGUUGUAUCAAUUCGUGCAAACCGAAACUAAACACAUAUUACAAAGUGACGCUGUUAUAUUAUUAUUAUUUUAUACAUACAUACACAAUAUUUAUAUGGUAUUUAUUCGGUACGAAUAAACAGACAUGCGAACAAUAAACCAGCGAUGGUUACAAUAAACGCAUUGUAUUACAUUUUAAUUUCUAUUCACGCGCACUAGUGACAUUUAAUGCGUUCAUUGUCGUCGUGUAUCGAGAUAUUCGGUCAAAUAAUACAAUAUAAUAUUAGGGUAUAGUUGAAAAGUUGAACAUUUAACGGAGAUUUCCGCGGAAAAUAUUUAUUCCGAAACUAAUUAAUCGGAAAUUUCCGAACAAUGUCCCAAUAAUUACCGCUAUAUAAUAUUAUAAUAGCAAUAUAAUACUGCAUCGUGUGUACCGCGUAAUGCAGUAUCCAGAACACCUUUAUGCGAAUAGUUUGCGUGUAUUAAUAGUAAGGCGGCUUAUGUCUUCGGUACACAUUGUUGUGUAGAGAGAUAAAUGGGAAAGUCUGAUUAUAUCAUCAAACAAGAAUGAUAAAAAAAAACUAAGUUACAUCUAGGUAGGUUUAUAGGUAGGUACGUAGUUUAUACGUACCUGUGUAAUAGUUUAAUCCCUUUAUACAUUGUUAUUUAGUUAUACGAAAAUACCAUAAUAUUAUUAAUAUUAUGUGUAAAGUCAACUAUAUAGGCUACCUACUUAAAGUUGUUUGGGAAACACAAAACCAUCAAUAUAAACAUUACGCGAGUCGUUAUAGAAUUUCUGUAGACAAUACCGCGUAUAGUUUAUUUUGGUUUUUAUCGAAUUUUUAUUAAAAAUAUUUCCCGUAUAAAUAUAUUUACAUACAUAAAUAAUACAAUCGCGUCAUUAUAGUAAGUUGGUCUAACAGAUUUUUUUUAUUUUUGUCUUGUAUUUCGAGAUUUGUCAGUUACAUUAUACGUCUCUUGAACGUUAUACCCUACAACGGGUUUUCGUAGUUUAUUCGAUUUUAAAUAUUUAUUUGUUUUACCAAAUAUAUCACAAAUAUCAAACAACUUCGAUAAGUAAAACAAGACACUUUAUUUAAUAACAUAAUAAAAUACAAUAAUAAAUAAUAUUAUAGCAAUCGCUGAUUUUAGAAAGUGAUCUAUAAAUAAACGUUUACCAGUGAUAGUAAAUUGUGUAGUAAAUGUAGCGACUAUUAGUAAAUAGUAAAGAAGUAUUUUUAUCAUCAAUGCUUUUACUGAUAAUAUUAUGCUACUGAUUGUUACUCAUAAAUAAUAGUGAAAUCCGGAAAUUCCAAAUGUUUACUUAGAUUUUUCUAAAUCAUACGUAGGUAUAUUAUGAAAAAAAUAUGAACGCAACGCGAUCAAAAGUUGUUUUCUUGUGUAUCGCUUUGAUCGGUCAGAAAAAAAUACAGUAGUCAGCCAGGAAUACGCGCAAUUUAAUGUGAUAUCAGAUUAUGUAAUACCUAACAGUCCUUUUCAAAUGUGAUUGGAUCCAAACAAAUAUAAAAAUGUCAUGUAAAGUAACUUUAAACUUUUUUUUGAUAUUCUACAUUUUAAAUUCUUAGAUUUCAUUGCUAAAAAUCUCAUUUGCGUAGGUAGCUCACUCCUAUUUAAUACUAUUUACAUCUUAGUUUGUAAAACACUCCCAUUUUUUAUAAAAUAUGCUCAUUAAAAAAAAUAUUAUGCGUGUUUUUAAUGAUACUUAAUUAUUAUUCGGAUCCAAAUGAUCCAAUUAUUACUGAUAACAGACUGAUAAAAAUAGUAUGACUAGGCACUAAUCAUGCGUAUAUCUAAGUAUAUAUAAAUAACUUCAUAAGAUUAUUGUGGCACUAUUUUGUUAUUUCUUCUCAACAAUAAUAGUUGUUUUUGUAAGAAUCAAGAAACGGUUUUUAUGAAAAGUUACAUAAUAUAUCACAUAUUUAAUUUUAAUUAUAUGACACGAAAAAUAAUAAAAUUGUACAAUAUAAUAUUACAAUAUUAUAUUUACUAUACCUAUGCACUUUUCACUUUUAACUGUGGGAUCUUCCAAAAGUAUUUAAAGUAUUUAAAGAUUUCGAGGCACAAUGGAUUUAUCUGUGAUCCGGGUCUCUUUUUUGGGAAAAUUCGGUUUAGGACUUAAACUACUAAAUUUACGAGUUUUCGUGUACCGUUGGCAACUUUCGACCGAUCGUAUUGCAUCACGAUUAGUAGUCAUUUAUGUGUUGGUUGGCCAACGAUAUCAACGAAUUGAUACCAGCGGCGGCGCCACAAUUUUUUUAGGUAGGGCCGAUAGGAGGCCAACAAUUAUAAAGUAGGGCACAAAAAAAAUGAGAUUUAAGUAAAAUAAUAAAAAAAAAGAAACAAUACUGAUAGCCCAAAUAGGUAAAUUAUAUUUAACUUCUAUUUAAUAAACUAUUACAUAUAGACCAUACAUAAAACCUAUUCAAUGUAAUAAAUAUACUUAUGAAUCAUGAUUCAUGAAUGUAUAGAUGUGUAUUACAAUCAGAAGUAUCUCAACAACCAAAUAUAGAAAUAUUUUGAACAUGUUUAAUAACUAUAAUAAUGAAUUCUGUCAUCACCAAUUUAAGUGGACUCUCGUGUACAUGAAAUAGUUCAGCUGAACUCCGUCACAUAAAAUAUCAACAUAGAAAUUUAGGAACAAUAAAUAGGAACAUUUAGUCCUAAAACUUUUAGGAAAUCAAAAUUUAAAUUAAUUUUUAAAAAUUAAAUAGGCUAUAUAUUUAUAAUUUAUUUUUGUAUUAACUCCGAACGAUGCAUAUGUCUUAUAUAGGUAGGUAGUGCACUAAGUUUCUUAAAUUGUAAAUGUUCAUCAGAAAUGUAUAUUGGUCAUUGCAAUCAGUUAAUUUUUAUCAAACGAAUGUGAUUAUUGCGAUUUACGCGCAAUAUAUCAUUAUUGUCAGUUGAUUUUUGUAAUCGUUUGUAUUCUAGUCUAUCUCCUGGUCGGUGUUCAUUUUUUAUACGUAGUAAUGAUCAUUUCAAUGUUAACAACGUAAUAAAACGUUUUGUUUCAUUAAAAUUUGUAUGUAAAAAGUUUUCUUCAUAAAUAUUUUGCACUAUUUGGUUUCAAACAUUUUAAUGACUGACGUGUGAUGGGCAUACAACCGUUAUGCUACCUAAUAAAUAUUAUGUUUACGUUAAUUAUUAAUAAUUGUGAGAGUAUAGAAUAGCAGAUUAGUGGCUCGAUUAAUUGAUAUUGUUUUUUUUUUUUGUUUUUUAUAAUCGGCCAUCGAGUGUGGGCCGCCACUUAACGAAGCGCGAAGUUCCGUUCGCCCACCCUUAUCUCCGGCGCACAGAGUCACUUGGUCGUUUAUUUAUAAUAGUAUGCGUUUGUAUAAAAAAAAAUAUUACCAUAGUGUUACCUAAUUUGUUAUAUUACGCCUCAUCAAAACUAAUGCGUUUUAUUAUUAGAAGACAAGUCAGUUUAAAUACGUUGAAUGUAUAAUAAUUAUUCAAAGAUCGUUAAUGUUUCAAUCCCGACAAAAAUCACCCAUUCGGUUCGAAUAAUAUCCACACUUACACUUUUAAAAUAGUAUAAUAAUGUAUUAUUUAUCCAUACAGGUAUAUGAUAUUGUAAUAGUAAAUAGUAGUCAUCGAAAAUAAUAAGAAUUCGAGUUAUUCUUCAGAAUUAAUUUUCACAAUAUCAAUGUUGCGAUGUAGUCGUAUAGGUAAUUUUAUAAAUUUCUAAGCAUUUAAUUUACGUUAAUGGAAUAACAUUAUUAUUAUGUUCGUUUUGACUUUCCGAUUUUUUAUAAGCCCCGUGCCCAUAUUAUUAUUAUAUAGAUAUCUAUUAUACGAUGUAGAUUAUACACGUAUUAAGUAGUAAAUAAUAAUAAACAUGAUUACAAUAAUUGUUGUUUUUAAUUUUAGAUAAUUUGACAUUUUUUCCAAUAUUUAUAUUAAAUUAAUAUGACUUUUAUGCCAAUAGAAUGUAUGAUAAUAAUUAAUAGGUAUAGUUUGUUUUAUUUUAUUUUCUAAUAGAAUGAAAUUUAGUAUUUGUAGGUAUAUUAUUAUUUUCUCGUGCUUUGUAAUAUGUAUUAAUAUAAAGUCUGAACUUGUCUGUUGUUUUUUUUUAAAGAUGUACUCCAAGUCAACAUUUCUGAAAACAUUUUUACUAUGAUUUCUGAUUUAUAUUAAUUUUUUAAUUUGUAACGUUCAAUGUUAAAAUAACUACGCGAAAUUAUUGUUAUUCAAACAUACUGGCAAAUGCUAAAAAGAAAAACAUUUUCUUUUAUUUAAGUUCUGAAUUAUUUAAAAUACUGUAUAAAUAAUGUCCAUCCUUAAAUUCUUUAAAUAUUUUUUUUUUAAUAUCGAAUGAUUUAUUGCGUAAUAAUUAUAUUGUUCGUGAAAUAAAUUUAAAUUAAUAUUUUUGCUAAACUAAAUCGAGAAAUGGUUUAUUUUUAUAAUCUCAUAUUUAAAAAUUAUAAGUAUUUUAAUUAUGGGUUAGAAAUUCGUUAAAAAGAAAAAACAGGAAAAGUUUUUUAAAGACAAUUUAAAGCGAAAUUUGUGCAGCUGGCAGAUAAAGGGUUCCGUUGUUAUUUUUUUACCCCUCCGAGGGUGUGGCUGCCUGGUAAUGACUGAUGAAGCAUUUAUCCCGAGUAAGGACACCCUCUCUCGCUCUGUCCAAGUCAUUGUCGGCCAACAUCUUUUGACUGAUAGCCCGGGCCCGGAUCAACCCUUGAGACUCGUUAAUCAGAUUAUAUAUAACUCCUCCCUUUGUCCUUCGGAUAUUGUAUAGAAGACGAGCACACGAGCUGCUUAAAAGGUAAUAAGGUGGAAUUUUUUUUUUUUUUAAAGGUCCAAAUCACCAGGUUUUGAUGGAUGUGAACUAAUUUUGUUAUGUUACCAAUCUUGUGGACACUUUAUACGUAUUUUAAUUUAAAUAUCUCACGGAAAAAAGACCAAAUAUAAAAAAAAAAAUUUUUUUUGACGUUUUGUAUAAAUAAAUCGUUUUUAGGUCUUUUGCUAGUAUUAUUAAUAUUUAUUAUAAAUAAAUAGUAUAUCUAUAUAUCAAGUAAUUUUUCAUACCUCUCGCAUUCUUUUUUAUCUCAAAAACUAUAUAUUUAUUUAAAUAUACAUAAUUUUAAUUUUGGGGAUCAUUUUUAAAUAAAUGUAAUUUCCUUUUUUUAAACACAUUAUUAUAUAUAGAAUAAGUUAAGUAAAGGUUUUAUUUAUCUAUACUAUAUGUUCAAUAUAAUCAAUUUUACCUGUAUGUAACUUAAAUAAAUAUUAACCACAUAGUCAAAUAAAAAUUAACUUUUUAUUUACGAGAGAUUCUAUAAAAGGGAAUUUUUAAAAUUAAUUUGUUAUUAUAAAAUUGUAAUUAUUUAACGUCAAUAUUGGUGGAAUAAAUAGUGUUAUGCUAUACUCAUAUAAAUAUGUAAUUAUGUACCUAAUCUAGGACACAAAAUAAAGUUUGAUUAAAACCUCGAAUUUGUUGUUCGGACUUUGGUCCGAAAGAGAUUUGGUAAAUCUUAGGAAAAACAAUUAGUGUUGGGAAACGUACGAAAUUACAAUUUUUUUUCUGCCUGUCGUGCGGUUUUGCUUUUCAUGCUUUACAUCCGUAUAUUAUUACUCGUACAAUAUUAUACGUUAAUUAUAAAUGUACAUUAUUAUUAAAUCUCAUUGAAUAAAUUGAUUAUUUAUUAGAUAGGUAAUAUAUUUUAAUUACAAAACAUAUUAUUUAUUUGUGGCUGACUUGACUACUGUGACAUGUUGAAUUGCAUAAUAUAUUUGUUUUGACAUUUACAUAGACUUGUCAUACAAAUUUUCAUACAGUUGCACGUUAUAUUACUCUUUAUCCAUCAAGGAGAGUUGCGAUACCACUUGUCGAAUUCCAAUUUCAUUUUCUGGAAUAGUUGCCGAUUCUAACAAAUUGUCUUCAUAUAGUGACCGAAAGUUGAGAAAGUGUUCCCCCUUUUGUACCAGGCAAUAAAUAUCUCCAACCAAAAUGUGUAACACCACAGCAAGUAAUUUUGGACAUCAGUUUUUCUUUGAUUAACUUAGUAAUACAUUUGACUUUUGUUUAUUUGAUAUUGUCAUUUUUCUGGCAUGUUUUUAUGUACCUAAUAUACAAUAAUUAUUUCAAUUUUUUUAAUAAUAUUUAAUAGUAAUGUAAACUUAUAACUAACGUAAAAUACAGUAAUAAUAUACGGUUUUAUGAGUACAAAAGCGAAGGAAAAAACCACACGUUUAAGACAUAAAAAUGAAAUGUUGGACUUUUAUAAACACGAAUUAUUUAUCCUAAGCCAAAUAUCAUUCGUAAAAGUCCGAACUACAAAUAUCAUUCGGGGUUUCGCAAAACUGUUUUUCAUAUCCUAGGUUUUAUUGGUAAUUCCUGUAUAUAAAAUCUAUAUAUACACAUAUGUACAUUGGUUUCAUCGAUUAGGUAUUUCAAUCGUAAACAUAUACGUAAACAUACAUCAAUAUAUGUAUAAUUAGAAAUAUAUUUAUUCCUUCAAGUGUGCUUCUAAUUUUUAUAAUUUCUUGUUUCGGUAAAAGUAUAUAUUGUACAUUAUGUAAGUAAAACAAAAAAAACAUCAUUGUAAAACCAAUACAUUCCUCGCUCCACUCAGAAUAUAAAAUAUUAUUGUAACGUACAAUAAUUUAUAAUGAUUUUGUCAUAUGAAUUAUUAGGGAUCUACACUAAUUCUAUAAUAUUCGUAUCGUAGGAUUACAAUUUCGAAUAUUCAAAUGCCUUCGUUGAAUCAUUCGAAUAAUACCAUCGCUUCAUGGGCACUCAUGGGGAUAGGACAAGAUGGGGUACAUGCCCUCCCUUCCUGAAAAAAUAAUAUUAACUAAUAAUUGUAUUAAAUUUAUAUUUAAACUUUCAUUGCGUAUACAAUUAGAGAAUUUUUUUAUUUUGCCCCUCCGUGAAAUUUCACCUAUGGGCGCCCAUGCGUCUCCUUAGUAUAAUAUAAUAUAUAAUAUAGUGGUAAUAAAGAUUUAUAAAAUUCAAUUAUUUUAUUAUGUUAAUUAUACAUCUACAAGAGAAUAUUAUUUUAAACGUAAUUUUAAAGUUUCUUGUUUUUUUUUUUUUUAUACACAAUUCUGCUGAAUAGAAUAUUUCGCUAUUAUAUAAUGUCGCUGAAUAUUGUUGAGUUGUAUAUGUUACAUUUUUAUAAAUUAAACGAAAAAAAAAUACUCCGUUAAAAUGAGGUUCCCGGAGAGGUCAAGUGGCACUUGUGAAUGUUUUCCCGAGUCGAUAAUUUCGUCUCGUCGUAACUCUUUGAUGUUUAAAAGCUCGACCCUGCUCGAAAUGACCCGGCUCGAUUCUUGUUUAAAUAUACAGUACCCGACCUGGGCAUAAUAAAGUUGAAUAGCAUUAUCAGUGCGUAUAUAGCACGAGAUUAAAUUUAAGCUUUGACUUUGUUUAAUUGGGCCAGUUCGUCCUUUAAUUACAAUGAUUAAAUUAUGACAUUGACGUUUAAUAUAAUUAUUUAGCUUAACUAUUGUUCUCGGUCAAUUUUAGUAUCAUUAUACCAGAUAAUAUAGGUACACCGUAAAAGUGUAUUUAUGUAAUGUUUCAACCCAACUCAAAAAUAAUACUUUGAUCGUGAUAUAAUAUUUAUUCGAUAUUUUUUUUCGUUGCUUUAACAUUCAAUUUAUAUUUUUUAUAAUUUAAAAUAGUUAAAAAUAUUAAAUAUAUCAUAAUAUCUAUGCAAUAAUUAUGGAUUCGUUAGUUUCAAUUUUUCAUUUUAUAGCUAAUUUAUCGUAUUCAAUCAUUUUAGAUUUUUAGUAUUACUUUUCAAAGUUUUUUUGUGCUAUUUUUUCGCGAUUUUUUUAUGUUUUUAGUCUUUAGGGUACUUUAGAGUCUUUAGUCUUUAGGUCUAUAUUAUUAUAGUGCAUAUUUCAGUAUGUUAUAGUGUUCUUAGAUCCGAGCCUAGUUAAUUACACACCAGGUGUUCCAUUUAAUAGUUAUUUCGGAAAGUAUUAAUUUUUUUCGGAAUUUGUUUUUUUGAACAUUAAGGAAACAAGCAGCUUUACAGUUUUAUAUUUAUGUUAAAAUAUUGAGUAUUAGUUAAAAUGCAUUUUAGUCUUGACAUUUUUGAUUUCUGUCAAGCCGUUGACGAGAUAUUCCACUUUUAAGUUUGGGUCAGAGGAAAGUAGUGGUGCAUUAUUAACAUGCAACGCCACACAAAUACAUACAGCUGUAUGUAUGAGCCCUAUGAGCUAUAAGAGCUCCUUGUUUCUUAAAUGUUAUAGAAAACAAAUUCCGAAAAAAGUUAAUACUUUCCGAGAUAAUGAGUGUACCCACUUAAAUGGAUCAUCUAGUAUAUUAUAACUUGAUAUCUUUUUUAAAGAUAAAUUGAGUGUGUAAUGUGUAUGCACAUAAUUAGUUAACACGUAAUAUCCAUUUUUGAUUUUAUUUUCGAAUAACAAUAGUUUUAGUUUAAAUUCAUUUUGGAGUUGAAAUUCAUCAACCCGUUGACGAGAUAUUUCACUUUAAAUUUGUGUAAGUUAACUGGAGAUUAGUCGAGUACAAUUUGUAUUACGGUGCGGCGCGUGACAUUUAAAUACAAAAAUCUCUCUAUCAUCCUUUUUUAUGUCCUCUAAGUUCAACUUAACAAACAAUUUUAUUCAUAUUCAACCAAAUAAAAACUAAAAAACUCGAAAAAUUCAAAUGCUAAUAAAUAACUAAAAAAAAUUUACCAUAUCGAUAAAAGGAAAAUACAAGUAUUCCAUUAAAAAUUCCGCUUAUGAUUAUUUUGAACUAAAUUACUGCUAACAUAGAAAAUAGAAAAUACUUAAUAAAACUGUACAUUUUCACGUUUUUGCCAGUUUUUCUCAAUUAUUAGAAAAAUUUAAGAAAUUUGGUUUACCAAUGUACUUGUUAGAUCUAAAAUGUAACAAAAAGGUCUGUGGUCAUUUUUUGAUUGGAACAAGAUUUCUGGUAGCCUUCUGUUACUUACAGACACGAAAAAAAAAAUAUUAAAACUAAUAAAUUUUCGCUUAGAAUCACAUUUUCGCAUGUACACAAAUAUAUAUUUAUAGUCGACUCUCGAUAAUUCGAAUUUGGUGAGACUUAACUAUGAAUAAUUUUGAAUUACUAAGUGGUUCGAAAUAUUGAGAGGGGAAAAAACAAUUCGAUUGAUUUUGACAGUUGAAAAAAUCUAAGUAUGUAAAAUAAAUGAUACAAAAUGAUUUGCAUAUAAAAUAUAAUUGAUAUAUUAUUUUCGAAAAAUCUGUAAUUUUUUUCUGUUGCAUUGAACUUAGUUCACCUUUUUCAAUACUAUAAAACAAUACAGUAUUGCGUAUAUACGUACCUACAAUAAUUCGAUAGUGAUCGGGAAUAAUAUGCCAGAUUUGUACACAAUAGUAAAUUAUUAACAAUACGAUUAUAAGAAGUACGUUUUUAGUGUAUACACUUCGAAUUGCAGAGAGUUGAGUGGAUGAAACUUCGAAUUGUCGCAUUUUGGCAGCUAGUUCCCCAAUAUUUUACUCCGAAUUACCGAGCGAAUUUGAAUGCAUUAGACCGAGCAUUUACUUCGAAUCAAUUAAAGUUUCGAAUUAUCGAAGGUUUGAAUUAUCGAGAGUUUACUGUAUUCUUUUUAUUUUGAUAUACAUAUAUAGAACACACAGGGAUUUUAAUAGCACUACACGCAGUUAACUAAAGUAUCAUCCGUCCACAUUUUUAUUUUAUUUUUAACCCUUAAGGCAGGGCUGCGUGACACCUGUUUAUACACCGGCAAUCGACACCCAAUCCCAGGGACGAGCGCAAAAAUACAUCUUAGUCACAUUCCACCUGGUGUAUCGCUGUAAAUCGAUUUAUCGUGUAAAUUAUAGGGUAAUUUAUGUUUCGGAAACGGUUCGAACUCUGUCCCCUCCCCCCCCAGAUCCAAACCUUUUCCCGCGUUCGUCGCUGUCGUCCAACCACUUCGAGAACACAUCGUGCAGCGAUCGCAUGACUUGUGUUGUCAACCCGCGGCCGUGCGCUACUGGUUCACGUUACGUAAACGUUUUGGUUUUCUUAUUAUUAUUCUUAUUAUGCUCGCGACGACGACGCAAUUAAACGGGAAAACAAUAAAAUGUCAGCAGCAAAGUCAAUAAUGUCGCCGUGUCACAACAAGUCGAAAGUCGUGACGUUAAAGUCGUUUUGUUUUAACCGUGUAUUGCAUUGCGCGCGUGUGUACGUGGCAAUAUAGAGAAUGCGUUUCGUUUUCGUCGCGAGUAUCCAAAAUAAUAGGCGGAGGUGAAAUUAAUUACAAUCGUUUUCUCGAAAUUCCGCAGCGUGUACAGUUACGCAACAUCGCGAUAUAAUACACAAUAUUAUUCGUUUCCCGGAUAUUCACAUCAUAAACUCCUCUGUUCAAAACGAUCGAUUCGACAUUCCCGUUUAACCCUUUUUUUUUUCUCUCGCGUGUGCGCGCGUAUACAUAUAUAUAUAUAUAUAUACAUUUGUAUACAUGUGCACACCUCUAUGGAUCACUGCGCUUAUACAAUAUUACACGCAUACGUAUAGGUCUGCAUCGGCUACAGAAUACAUAGGUAUAUAUAUAUACAGUCACCCUGCAGGUUUGCGCCUCGUGCGAUGGCAGUGGUGGCGGCGGCGGCGGCGGUUAAACUCCUCUCUCCGUGCCCGUCACUUCUCCUCUGUACGUAUACCGGGCGCUCUUUUCCCGCCCUCGUCCCGUCAUCGAAACCGCCACCGCCGUCUCUUCACCCAUUCCUCUCACCGCGGCACCACCGCCACCCCGCACAAUGUCUGCAUCGGGGCUAAUAGCGUUAACGCGCGAUAAUGGCCAGGUUUUUGCUGCGCCGUGUAUCCGUUUUGUAAUCACUAAGGCGGCUGUUAAUGUCGUUCGGUGCGCCAGUCGUAUAUUAAUGGCCGGGAGCGGCUAGCGGCACUACACUCGCGCGGUAAUUACACGCGGACUUGAGCCGGGGGCCGCGCGUUCCGUUGCCGCGCGACGACCAUCGCCGUGGUGUAAACGGUUUGUUGCGUGCGUGUGCGCGCGUAUGCAUAGCCCCAGUCCGGCGUGAAAAACAAUCGGAGAAAACUUGACGGUCCCCCCCCCCCCCCCCCCCCCCNCCCCCCCCGCCCCCAUCGUUUCGCCCCUAUUCGACACGACGGUCCUGCGACCGCGAUAGUUACCAAGACCCGAAACGGUUAUAGGUGUAUAUAUAUAUACUCGUGUCGUAUGAUAUGUAUAGGUAGUGAAAUACAUUGUCGUUAAACCGCGCGUUAAACUGUUAGUUAAACUCGCCCUCGGUCGGUAUAAUUCAUCGUCUUGCACACGAUAAUCCACUUAUAAUAGUUAUUACUACUCCGCCCCCGCAGCUGAUAAACGCUGAAUUCUUGUUAAAUCUGAUUUGCGCCGAAUGUUGUGUAUCCGCGCAUGUGUAUGUUACGGUUAGUGUUUUAUCAAUAUAGUAUAAUAUCUCGACAUCAUAAUAAGUUUCAAUUAUAUUUUAUAGUUCUCUUUUAAGUAUUUUGUUUUGCAUUUUCUUUCGGACAAUUUACGAAACGGGCGGAUCCAAAAUUGUUUACAUUACCAUUGUACGGGUUUUAAUUCUUAAUAUUGUGUAUCCACUACCCAUUUUUGAUUUUUAAACUGCAAUACAUAAUAUAUGCGAAGUACGGAUAUCCUGCACGAGAGGACCACUGUUGAAGGUGAGAAGGUAGUAUAUAAUGGGAAAUUUAAUGUACACCUGCACGCAACGAUUAAUCAUUGCUAACGAAAAACAAUUCUGUGUGGAGUUCGGUUUUACGUGUUUUGAUAAUUUUACCACGUCUAAAAAAUGCAAAUUUUAAUUUUAUAUUCAAAUAUCAAGUCUCUACGAAUAUUUUUAACUGAACCACAACAAAAAAAUAAAACUGAAUUUAAUACAUUUCGUAAAUUUUCGUUUUUUCAUAUUUCGAUGAAAACCGCUUGGAAAAUUAAAAAAACGGCCUCCUUAAAGUACCAAUAAGUACCAUCAGAGCAAGAUUUUUGGUAAAAAACUAUUUACAGAAUAAAAAAAAUAUAAUAAAAUAAACGUCAUUAUAAAACUGCUCGCUACGCUCAGAAUCUAAAACAGUUAUUAAUUAAUGAUAACUUUUAUUUUAACAAAUACUUCCUUGAAGUAGCACUCGGAUAAAAAUUUUUUUAGGAAAAAUACUAUACUUGAAAAUCAGAGCAAGAUUUCUGGUAGAAAAGUUGUUAACAGAUAGAAGAAAAAAAAACAUCAUUAUAAAAGACAUUCAUCGCUUUGCUCAGAAUUGAAAAUACCACAAAUAGACUAGAUUUUAGUUAAAAUAUAUUUUGAUUUUGAUAUUUUUAAUUUUCAUCAACGGGUUGAUGAGAAAUUCCUUUUUUAAGUAUUGGUGGGGAGAAAGAAGUGGAACAGUAUUUAAACGCCGCACGCCAUGCCGCCACACAAAUUAUGCUCUAUUACUCUCCCUCUACCCAUAUUUAAAAGUGCAAUAUCUCUUCAACAGGUUAAUGGAUAAUAAAAAUAUCAACACCAAAAUGUAUUUAAUCUAAAACUCCAUCUAUGUAUGGCAUUUUUCAUACAGGUUUCCGUUUAAAAAUAAUAACAUAAUACAUUGUUGUUUUACGUUCAAAAAAUAAUAUUUUAGAGCUGUUAGUUAAAAAUUACAUAAAAUAAAAUAAAAUCAAAAGGAAAUAUACGUAGGUAUGUAUAUAAUAUAGUUUUAACAUAACAUUUUAAGAUUAAAAUACUUAACAGUUAUUAAUUAGUUUCAUAUCUAUACAAAUGGUUUCAUUUACCUUCAAUUUUUUGUUUAUAAUAAAAAAUAAUAAAAUUCUAAGCGGUUUAAAAUUUAGCUAUAGUUUACCUUUAUUCUUCACAUACAUAACUCCAAUAAAUGAUUAUUAAUUAUUUACUUGUACGUAAAAUAAUAAUGUAGAAAUAAAAACAUAAUUUAAAAUGUUAGAAAUUAUAUUAUAAAUGUGAAAUUCAGUAAAGUAACGCGAGAUAACAGCAGUAAAUAUAAUAAAAAUAAAAAUCAAGUUUUAAACCGUUAAAAGCAAUACCUGCAUUAUAAGUUAAUAUUGUUAAAAUAUUCAUUUGCAGUUUUAAAUCAAACAAUCUAAAAACAAAUAAAUAUUUUUUAAAAUUUAAAUAAAUAUAUUAUUAUAUUUAUUUAAUAAAAUUGUUAAGAAGAAUACAAGAUUUUGUUUUUUAAUUAAAAAAAUGUAAUUAAUAUCCCAGAUCUAUGUAUUUUUUUUUAUCAAUAAACGCUUUAUAAAAUUUCUUUUGACUUAAACAUGACAAAGCGUUGGGAACAAAUUAUUUCAUCUUUCAUUUCGAGUAAUAUACCUAUCAGUUUUUUUAUUCAGUUAGAUAGUUUAUUAUAGAAGAUAAAAGAAAAGAAAAUUAGCUUUCUGACAUUGAACCAAGAAAUAAGACAUUUCAAAAGAGUUUAAGUAUUUAUUAUUUGGAGAAUAUAAGUAGGUACUAAAAAUACUAAAUUAAAUUUUCAAAAGAUUGAAAUAUUUCAUGAAGUUGUAAGCUAAAAAAUAUAUAAAUCGUAUUUAAUUAACUCUAGUGUCGAGUACAAUUUAUAAUGAAAUAAUAUUUAGUUUUAUUAUUGUUUUACUUUAUAUAAUAAUUAAAACAAAAUUUAACGACUUGUAAAUUAAAAAAAAAAAAAAUACCGAUUUUUAAACACAAAUUAUAAUUAGUUAAAUUAUUAGAUUAUCAUAUCACUAUUAUAAUGUUAUGUGUUUUUGUUUUUAUUAUUAUUAUUGUUAUCUACGGCAAUAAUAUAAUCAGAGAAAAAAUAUGCAUAGUUUUUUAUUAUUACAUUAUUAUUUUGGAAAAAGAUAUUAAGAAACUCUCGCUUACAAAGUGAUCAAUCCUCGAUAAAACCAUUAUCUCGGAAUUUAUUAACUUUUUUAAGAAUUUUUUUGGAAAAUGUAUGAAACAAUCUUAGGAUGCUGAAAAGCAAAUGUCAUCAAGAUGAAUGCUCGGAAUAACUAUAUUCUAACUAAUAUCAGUAUAAAUAAUACAAAUAUCAAACAAUCUUAAUAAAAAUAAUAACACCAAAUUUUUGAUAUUUUCCUAAUGUGAUUUUUGCCUACACUAUGACGCGUCAUACUCUUUUUAUCAGGUUGUUAUCAAUAGUAAUUGGAUUAUUGGGCCCCAAACAAUUUAAUAGUUCCAUUAAAAACACACAUAAUUUAUCGCGUAUGUUAUAUUCAAAUAUGUGUAUUUACAAAUUAAGAUUUCGCUAUUAUUAAAUUAGAGUUACUUAUCGAGUUUUAUCGAUUAAAUAAAUAUCUCAGUUAGUCUCAAAAUGUAGAAUAUAAAAAUAAUAAAGGUAUACUUAACAUAACAUUUAUUUAUACAUUUGUAUUGGUUUGGAACCAAUCAUACUUGAUAAGGAUUGUUAUCACAUCAUAUGACGGUUUGACUAAUCGUCUCUAUGAAAUAAUAACUAGGUAUAUAAUAUUUGAAGCUGGUAUAUAUUGACUAUUACGUGUAUGAACACUGAAAUACUAUUUUAAAAUUUAAAAAAAAGACUCGCAAGUGGGUGCAGCCAUUGUAGCAACCGUUGUUCGCAAAGAUUCUGAGCUAUUUUCAUCAAAUUCUUAACAUUUGUAUGUAUAAAAAAAAAAAAAUCGUGGCUGCCUAUGGAUUUUCAAUAUUUUUACAGUUCUGCGAAGUAAGAACAAUCUAAGAUAAACAAUAUUGUAUUUAAUUUUCAAACAUUUUUGAGAAUCCAAAACACUUUUUUUUUUACUGUUUCCGUCCCUUUAGCUGAUAUAUAUAUUAUAAAGUAUCAUGUUUUAAUAAUUUUAAGACGACGAGAACAAAUUGAAGCUAGUACAUAUUGGCUAUUACAUGUAUAAUCACUGAAAUAUAUAUUAUUUUAAUAUAAAAACAAAAAAAAACUGACAUACUUCGCAAGUGGAUGCAGCCACUGUUGUAGGUGAAAGUUUGGAAGGUAGGAUACAGACGGGAAUUUAAUGUAUAUCUAUAAGCAACGAUAAACCAAUGCUACCGGAAAAACGAUUCUGAGCGUAGUAUAGUUGAUAGUGUUCCUUUUUCAACAAUAUAUAUGUCAUAUUAUGGUAAAAUGAUUAUAACAAUGUACGUUUUCAUGACAACAAUGAUUGUUUAAAAAAGAUUUUAAAAUAAUACAAAUUUAAUAAUAACAAAAAAUAAAUAAAAACGGUUACCAGUGACAACCUUAAUUUUAAUCUUUCAAUCUUUUUUAACCUAAAGAAUCAGGUUUUCCUCAUCAUCUCAAAUAUUAAUAAAAAUUUCAAAAAAUGACCUCUCUAAAGUACCAUCCAGAGACAUUAUUUUUUUCAGAAAUGACACUGUACUUGAUAAUCAAAGUAAGCUUUCUGGUAGAAAAAGUGUUCACAAAAAAAAAAAAUAUAUAUAUAUAUUAUAUUUAUCGCCUACAAAAUAAUUGGCAAAUGUGUAUAUUUUUAACGAAUUUUAUCAAAAAUAUUAACCUCGAUUGAUGAAAAAAAAUUGUGUUUUUAGAAUAUAAUUGACAGUAAAAAACUUAAAAAAAAAUACCGGUUUAAAUAAUUUCUAUCAAAUUCGGGGAAUGAUCCAACAAUGGUCAACAUGUUACCAACAAAUGUAUUGGAUAUAUUUCAUAAGUGUCUGUUAUGGUUGUGCUGCUAACAUAAUAAGGAUUAUAAAUAUUACGUAGUUUUAUAUAAUCACAACUACUAGGAAAUUUGACUGUAAACUUACCCUAAUUUUGUAAUGUUAAUUGUUUUUUAUUUUAUGCAAUUUUCUCUGACCAUAUAUAUGAUAUAUAUAAAAACACUAUAAACACUAUGUAGCAAAAAGUUCUGCAAUUCGAUUAUUUUCUAAAAAUACUCCGGCCAUAUUUAAAUCAAUUUUAGCCAAAAAAAAAAACCUAUAAAUUAUAUUUUGUGUACUUAUUAAUAAUAUUACUAUUGUAACAAAAAAUUGUAUGUAUCAGUAUUGUCUAUUAUAUAAAUGCAAAAAUAGCCUAUAGAUAUAUGUUUAUUAAAACAAAUUAUAUAGGUAUUCGUAACUAUAUUAAUUAUAUAGAUACCUACUGUAUAAAUUGUACUGAAAUAUAAUACUUCUGUACAUAUACUUAACGAUUUAUUAAAUGAGAUACGUAAUUAACUUAAUUAAUAGUGAUGUUUAACAAUUAAUUAUAUAGUGCAGGGUAUUGCAGUCUCCGAAUGAUAAACGAAACUUUAAAUUGGUUUUCUCGAGACUUUUUAAUAUUUACUGGGUGCACGUAUUAUACCUAUGUAGUAUGUAUACAUCGGCAUUUAAUUAGUUUUUUUUAACGAUUUCGAAGACAGAUAUGUAUAAUUUAUAAAUUAAACAAGCAAUAAGCGUCCCCGUUGUAUAAUUUAUAAAUGUGUGCGUACGCAAGUCUAAACCAUUUAAAAUCUAAUUCUGUAGUAGAUAAUUUAACCGAUAUUAAUUAUUAUGAAAAAAUAUAAUAAUAAAAAUACGCACUGAUGUACAACGUUUGAAUAAGCUACGAUAAUAUUAAGUAAAACGAUAUCAAUUUUAAUUACUAAUAAAAUAUAUUGAUAAAAUGUAAUUUUAUACAAGAUAUUAUUUAGUAAAUGUAUACCCUAACGUUAUUGAAAGUUUUCGUUAAGCUAUCUUAACUAAAUAAUUCAAUAUCGAGCGAAUUUAGAAAAAAAAAAAAUAAAUACGAUUCAUAUUUAAAGUUAUAGAUUAUACUAAUGAUAAUUAUAUACAUAUAUACUAGUGCAUUUAAUCCGUAUAAAACCUUAUCAAUUUGGAUAUGCGGAUUACAAUGGCUAAUUCAGAUUGACGAAUUUAAGACUCAAUUUUUACAAAAGAAAUUUCAAUUAAUUAUUGUUCAGACAAAAUAAAAAUUGUUUACAAUUAGUAACACUGGCAAUCAAUUCAUAUGACGAUAAAACAGACUCUUUCCUAAUUUUCAUUCAGAUCCGGGACAUUAGAUUUAAUCUUUGACCUUUGUUUAAUAUUUUAAUUGAAUGAUUAAAUAUGUCAAUUCGGUCCACGGAUCGAACUCGUCAAUUCAGAUCUGUUAAAUAUAUAUUUCGAAUCAAUCAAACUUCUUGAAAACUACUAUAUAGAUAAAAAAAAUAUAACUGAUUAUAACGUUUUGCAAAUUGCAUGAUAUGGAUAAGUUUAAUAUAUCAACGCAUCAUAAAUUGUAGUCGAGCAAAGUUGAAAAACAAAACAUAACAAAAGACACGAGUUCGCGUGUAUAUUACAUAGAAUCCAUUGAUAGCCUCUGCUGCAGUUAAGAAUGUUAUUUUGAUUUUAAAAAAAAGCUAAUGAGUUAGCCACUGUUUAUAUAGAUGGGAAGAUAUAGGUUAUAGGAUAUAGCGAAUUAUCAAAUUUAUAUCUGUUCGAAACGAUUCUGAGCCGUUUUAAUAUGCCCCUAUUUUCAUCGAAUUUUAAACGUUUGUAUGUAUGAAAAAAAAAAUCGUAAUUGCCUCUAUGGAUUUUCGAUAUUCGUACAGUUUUGCGAAGUAAGAACAAUCAAAGAUGAACAAUGCUGUAUUCAAUUUUCAAACAUUUUCGAGAAUCCGAGACACUUAUUUCGUUUUUUUUUUUUUUUUUUUUUACCGUUUCCGUCCCUUUAGCCCGUAUACAAUUAUAGAGAAUCGCGUUUCAAUCGUUUUGAGACGUCGAGAAGACAAGACGGCACACCGCGUAUAGUCGCGACGAGUAUUUCUCGGUCCGGAAUUCGGUCUCCCCCUCCCCUUCCCCUCUCUCCGCGACCCCGCACCAGUAUGCGACGGCCGCAGUUCCAAACGAUCGGCGCCCGCGACAAGUGUAAUAAUAAUAAACGUUCGAUGAUAAAAUUAACAAAACGUCAUUAUUCGCGUGCAAGUGGGACGACAAUCGGCGCGCCCGGCCACGCGUAUUGUAAGUAAACCGUUGUACCCCGCGGCACCGUGUCUCGUUCGGCACCCCUUAAAUGUUUUACUCCCGCACGCGCAAUAAUUAUAAUAUAACAUACACGCGCGCGUACGGAAUUAUGAUAAUAUCGCGUCGUGAUUUUCCGAAUCCCGACGGUAUUGUAAUUUAUUAUUACACCUCCUUCUGCAACAACGAUACGCCGUCUCCGUCUCUCUCUCUCUCUCUGCGUAUAAAUUAUUACACACGCACACACACAUUUAUAUAUAUAAUAUGUUAGGGCCGAACUUCCGCCGCCGCGCCACCCCGUCACAGCCGCCGACGUCGUCGCGACGUGUGUCCGCCGCCGCCGCCGCGUGCGUGCGGGUGGCGUGGCUCGGCGCGUUUUUUGCCGCCGCGUAGCCGGCGCUCGGCGGCGCGGCGUGUCCAAACAGCGACAAUAUAUAAUAAUAUAUACGUGUACGGAUAUACCGUAGUCGUCGCGGCGGCGGCGGCGGCCACGAUUGUAAUUAGUGAUAGAGGUCCUUUAUGGAUUAAAACGGGCGAGAACCCGGCGGCGGCGGCGGAGGGAAAGGAUCGUGUGUAUGAAGAAAAGCGCGCUCGAGGGAGCGUACGGUGGAGGUAGGUACCGAGCGGGGGCCAGGAGUAUUAUAUACGUAUAUCCGAAGACGCGGAGAAGAAGGGAACGCCGCCGCCGCCGUUCGACGGUUUUUGUCUCGAACGCUCAUUUGUCAAGGCACGCGAAAGGGAUGCGGCGGCGGCCGCCACCGCCGCCGCGCCGUUCAGCUCGCCUUCGGACGUGACGGUCGUCGGGUCGGCACGGACCCGCUGCUGCGCGCAGGGUUCAAAACUCUUCUUUUUUUCUUUUAUUUUUUUUUUUCUGACCGACACCCUUAAGGUUCGAAAGCGGAUGCACAAAAAAAAAAAAAAAAUGAAAAAAAAAUUGCUCGUUCACACAAAUAUACGAAAUAUAUUAUAAUACGCGACGUGCAUGUAUACACGACCGAGUGCGUGUACAUUAUAAUAUGAAUCGCGUCCACUUGGUCUUAUACGAAUAAAUAAUCGCUGGUUUUAUGAAAUGUUAUCAGUUUCAUGAAAUAGAUACGAUGUUUUUUUUUCUUUUUUUUUUACAUCACUUUUCAUGAUUAAAACAUAUACUAAUGAUAUACUCGACAUACUCGUUUACGGUUAAAAUUUGGCGAAAUAAAAUAAACGCGUGUGCAGGCGUCAUACCUUAUUAUAUAGUUAUUUCGUUUUUGUUUGCGUUCGUUUUAUUAUUUACUUCAGUUUGAAAAUGUUAAAUUACUACGUAUACAGUAUAGCGAAGUCGUCUGAAAUUCCAAAACUAUUGUUCACGGUGGUAUAAAUAAAAAACGUUCGUAACUUUUAACUAAAAACAAAAUUAUACAUCAUCCAUUUUAGAUUCUCAAUGAAGCUUUGCAGUAUUUCACUUAAAUGUGCGUGGGUAUGUUUUUUUUUUUUUUUGUUUGUUUUCAACAAAUUUUCGUUCAGAAAUCUUGUUCCAACCAUCAACGAUAGGGGUGGUUUAUGAUAGCAAAUGUUGUUCUUCUAGUUGGUGCGUUGGGAAUGCAUAUAGUAAUCUCAAUAACGGGGACAAUUUACCCAAUAAAAGUUUCUGCCAAUUUCGCGUAUUCUUUUUUAUAAAAUUCAGUGAAAACUAAUCGUAGAAACUCGAAACGUUCACCAAUUACUUUUAAAUAAUUAGCACUCUUUCUAGACGUUUUACAAUUUUCAAAAUACUCUGGCGGCGUUCGAGUUAUUUAUAACUAUUUAAGUUUUUUUUUUAUUUUACAUGAAUAUAUUUUAUAGUUUAUUUUAAAUUCAUAUUUAUGAUAAAAUUUGCUAAAAUCGAGAACGAUUGUAAUUCAUUUUGUAUGAGUUUCAUAUAAACAAUGUUCAAUUUAAAUCCAAUCAAAAAACUGAACUCCAAAUUCCGCUCAGAAUGGUUUUUUCGUUUGGAAAAAUGUCAUACUGUAUAUAAACAGAAUUACUCUUUAGACAUUCUGCUUUCCCAAUACUAUCCUGACUUUUUAAAUACGUAUAUUUUAUACUUCGAAAAUAUUUCCUUGCAAAUUUUACGUCUACAUAAAUUAUACUACAUAUCUCUCGUAUGUAAAUAAUUCAUCAUUAAUUAAAAAACAAAAUAAUUUCCACCAUAAAUAAUGAGAACUUAUACUGUUCAAUACAGAGACGGAUCUAGGAUGAAACGAUAAGGACGACGAUCGCCUCCUUCAAUUCACUCUCUAAUUAUUUUUAUACUCUGCCUAAUUUAUCAUUGAGCUUGUCAUAAAUGCGUGCCUUAUAUACAUUUUCAUUAAGACAUUUUUCAAUAAUGAUAUUUAAAAAUUUAAAUCAGCUAAUUGAGAUGUUCUAUUAACUAAACUAAUUAUUUUAAGAACCGUGAUUUUUUACGUUAAUUCAAUUUUCUAUUGACAGAUUCGUACAAAAACCAUUGUUCGUUACACUAAUUAUCGAAUUCGCGUAGAUAUAUUUAACGGUAUAGAUUGGGUUAAAUUUAAUGUAAUAGCUACUUUGAUGAUAAAGUCGUACCACAAACAUACUAACCCCAAGCAUUCGAUAAUGAUCACUAAAUCCAAGGUUAUUCUUUACAAUAUAGUAGGUUCAAACUGCUAGUGAUCCGAUUAUUUCCUCAAAAACGCAUUUAAUUAUUUGAAUGAGAUAAAUUAAUUUAUCAGUUUUUUUUUUUAAAUUUUUUUUUUCUUGUUGUUGGCAGGACCAUCUAAAAUUAAUAAAUUAACUAUUGUAAACAUAUACGCCUUAUUUACCGAUUGAGCAAAAGGCUUUUAAAUAAAGUGUAUAUGUGUUUACAGUACUUAAUUUAUUAAUUUUGGUUUCCGAAUAUAGAUGUUAAGAAGCUAUUAGUUUUUUGAAAAAAAAAUUUGUCCACUGGAAAAUCGCAUUUUCGGUUAAUUACAAAGACUGCUCUGAUUUUUCUUGUAUAUAUAUAUACUUAAAAACAAAUGUGUACUUUUUUGCCCUAUUAUAUAUUUGCUAUACAUUGUUAUUAGCUACUCGUAUUAUACUUGUUUUAAUACAUUUUUCGAAAUUCCCAAUAAUUUUAUUGAACAAAUUAAAAUACUGAAUGUCGAUAAAAUUAGUUUUUUUUUUUUUGUUUACUAAUCUGGCUAUUAUAUGACAAAAAGGGAAAAAUACGACUAAUAACUCUACAACUUUAUACCAAAUUACCGCUCCACUUAAAAUCGUUUUUUUUUUUUUUUUUUUAUUAUUAUUACAACGAUUUAUCACUGUUUACAGUAUAUAAACCAAAUUUUUAUACUCUUUACACCUUCCAAUCUUUCCUCCUAUAACAGUUUUCUGUUAUACCUUUGUACAAUAUAUCCGGUUUUUUUUUUAAAAUGCUUGAAUGAUUAUAUUUAUAAAAUGUUCAGUAAAUUGAUUACGAAUACCUAACUAAGCAAUGUAUUGUAACUAAUAAAUAUUUAUUUUAAGAUUGGUAACAUUUUUUGGUUGUGCAUUUAAUAUUUUUUUAUUGAUAAAUAAAUAGUGUUUGUAUUAUUUUUUUAUUAUAUCCAUACCAAUAGUUUAUCUAACUUUCUCUUUAUAUUUUAUUUUAAACUUUGAACGAAGUUUAAGAGUUGUUUGAUGUAGGCUUUCUAUUGAUUUAUACACGUUUUUAUAAUAUAAUUUAUGGAUAUUUUAGGUAGGUUUUUUUUUUAUAUGAGAAAUUGGACAAAGAAUGAUUGGUACUGCUAUAUUAUUAUAAUCUUAGGUAGGUACCUAUAUAAUUUUUAUUUAAAUAUUGUCGUUUUAAAAUUGUAUAAUCUGUAAAAAGUACAUUUACAUAAUUUUAAUAAAAAAAACAUAUAAUAAACCUUAGUUCAUUUAUAAUUAGGGUUCUAAAAUUUCAUAAAACUUGUGUUCGUAAUAUAGUUAAUGAUAUCAUAUUAUAUCAUAUAACAUAAUAAUAUAAUUUUAGGAGUGAGCUAAACUAUUGAUUAAGUACUUAAUUUGCAAAAAUAAAAUAUUGUGAUAAACUAAUUAGAGGACAAGUAUUUAUAAAUUGUGGUAUUUCAUGAAAAAUUAAAAUAACGAAAAAACCAAUGUACAAACAUAGGUAAUAAUGUUAUUCUUUUCAAGUUUCAUAAUAGAUCAAUUCACGCUAAUAUUAAAAUUAGCAGCGCAAAAUUGGUUCUGUUGAACUCAAAUUUGCUCUCUUACAUUUGUAGGACGCGUAGAUAACACUAUCAUAUGCAUAUUUAGCGUUUUCUUACAAUAUGUAGCUUAUAACCGUUUUAAAUAAACAAUAAUUAAGUUAAUCGCUUAUUGGGUCAAGUGGGAUGAAUUAAAGGAAAUUAAGGUAAUUUGAAACGAUUUUAAACCGUGGUGUAAUUUAAUAUUCUACUGCUUCCAGUAAAUGUUCUGAUAACCAAAUGAUAUUUUGAGUUUAUAUUAUGUUUGAAAUAUUGUUAUUCAUUUUUCGUUUUUGUAAUUCAUUUAAAAAUCGAUAGUUUAUGGAUAUUUAAAUUGAAUAUUUACAAUCAAUAAAAUUAUUAAAUUUAAGUUAUACCACAAAAAAAUAAAAAAAUAAUAAUAUACAAUUUAUAGAACUUGCAAAUUCCGUUUCCAAUUACCCCUGUCAAGUAGCAACUUGACCCUUAAUAGAUAAUUUUAAUAAUAUCCAGGACAGGGACGAGAUUGCAUUUUUUGAUAUUUGUUAAAUCCCAAAUGGUUUUCGAUUUCGCAGUUCUCAAUAUUCCUUUGUCGAACGGAUGAGCGUAACCAAUGACCGCCACUAUAGUAUUAUUUUCUUCACGUGUAAACUCUGGGUGUAACCAGUCUCGCCCAAAACUGACCGUUUCCAUUUCGCUCAAAUUUUGUUAACAUACGAUUUUCAUUUCGCCUAGACUAGUUUAGAUCAAUUUUAAAUAAAAUUGGCUAUGGUUAAAAUCUGGUCUGUGACAAUUGUCAUAGCACUCGGCUUAAAUAAAGUUAUUAUGUUCUAUGUGCCUUUACUUAAUUCAUUGCUGUCCUUGUACCGUUUUCCGUUUCGUGUUCCAUGAUGACUGUUCUGAGGCGUAUUUAGAAGAUCCACAACAAGUUGCUUUUUUACGAGGACGGGUUGUUAGCAAAUACCUCAAUCCCAAACCUGGAGGAUCAGACUAUCUCAACCAAUUAAGGUCAGAGUAUAAUUACUGCAGUGCACUUAUUAAGGUUAGGAAAUCAUGGGCGACAAAGGAAAAAAAAUAUACGUAACUUAUCUUUGACCAAUAGUAACGUAUGUCUGUAAGACAUGGUCGAUGAUUCAAGGAGAUAAGGAUAAAUUUCUUAUCUUCAAGAGAAAAUUAUUAAGAAAAAUAUUUGGACCUGUCAGAAAUGUAUCAACUAGGGACUAUAAAAGAAAAAAAAUAUAAGACCAAAUAUUAAAUGUUUCUUGAAAACUAAGCGUGUUUAGAAUGGACAAACAAUGUGUAAUGUGCUGAAAGAAGCAUAACUCGGAAGGUACUGCUCAAUAAACCAACUGGCAAGCGCCUUAGAGGAAGACUUUGGCAACGGGAGCAAAGUGGCAAGACAAAGUUAAUGCAGAUGUAAGAAUGAUAGACGGAACAGCAAACAUCGAGAUUCGAGACCGCUACUGACCGUGACGUAUGGAGGAGAUUAAUAGAAGCUGCGAUUCUGCAAAUGGCCUUAAUGGCCCAUAAAGCAAAAAAAAAAAAGGUUUAAAAUGUUAUUUAAAGCCAUAUGUGCUUUAUUUAUGCUACUUGGUAAAAUAGGAAGAACUUUACGUCUACUUCUAUAAAUUUCUUUUCUAAUUAUGAGUAUAUUAAAAUCGUUUGAUAUUAGGCUAUCAAAAAGUUGAGCAUUUUGCGUUAUAAUUCAUUUAAAAUAUUUAUUUUUUUGGUUGUUUACAAAUUUCUUUUGAAGCUUUCCGUUUAAAAUUUGUACUCAUAAUUUGACAGUUUAUUUCUGAAUCAUUGCCUGGUAUAUGAUUGUUGUGAUUUCGAUCAGAAUCUAUUAAAAGUGUAUAAUGUAGUAGAACACGAACGUUCAACGCCAAUGAAUCUCGCAUGUAUUUAUGUUAUUUGAAUCAAAAUUGUAUUUAUAACUAUUAAAUAUUGACGUAGCUUUGUCUCUUACUUUUUAAAAACACAGCUAUAUCAUUAAUAAAUAGUAUAAUAUAGUUUGUGUCGUAAAAUUUGUAUGCGAUAUAACGGCUAUACACGUUGUGUAUACACUGACCACGUUCAAAGAUAAUAUGUAUAGUUCAUUACUUUAUAAGUAAUUUAUUUUUAUACUAGAUAAACUAAGCUACGAUAUUGGUGCAGUGUGUUAAUAAAUUAGGUAUCAUUGUUUUUUAGCGUAUAACUGCCUCUAAAUGAAGUUAAAAUAUUAUAACUCAUGAUGUACAAUAUUUGACUGAACCUUCAUUGCUAACUUAAUUUUAAAUUAAUCUAAACUAGUCUGAGUGAAACGAGAAUCUUAUAAUAACAAAAUUUGGGCGAAACGAUGACGGUAAUUUUUAAACGAACUUUAUAUUCGACUGAGUGAUACAAAAAAAAAAAUAAUAUUAAUAAUAAUAACUAGGACUUUUCAAACAACAUAUUUAUAAAAAAAAUUUUAACUUCACAUUUCAAAGUUUCCGUUCAAUAUUAUUCCUGAUAUUUUGCUAUUUUGUUCAAGUAUAAAUAGUGAUAUCGUAUGUAUUAUUAUUAUUAUUUAUGGGCGUGAGCCUAAUAAAACAAACUUAUCAACAAAUUACAAUCGAUAAUGAACAAUAUAUAAUGCCUACAUACACAGACCGAUUAAAUAAUUUCCGGACAAACACGGCUUUUGGUUUUUUAUUUUCCGAGCUCAUACAGUCCCUCCGGACUUACGGUUUUUAUCAUUAUGAAUUCCGGUAUUAUCGUUAUAUGGAUUUUAGUUUUUAUUUUUUGAACAAAUACGUUCCAAAUAAAUACUUUCCGGGGUUGUUAUAUAGCCAAUAACGUGCUUAGGAAUUACCAAUGGGAGGAAAUGUAGCAAAUAAGAAUCAUGAAUAAAUCGUAAAAUCGUCUUCAUUACCCAACUUAACUAUGGGAAUUGGUAAUUUAAACAUUUGAUCCUAAAAAAAAAAAUAAAUUUCUAAUCAAUACAUUUUCCUCGUAACUUCAUUGAAAUAUAUACAUUUCGAUAUUGGAUUACUCAUAUUUUUUUGUAUUUUUAAGACAGUGGGAGAUAUAACCUUUAACCUCCCUCAACGCCACGCUAUAGCCCUCCGAUAAUCUUCCACCAAAUAUUUUAAUAAUGCAUUCCGUCUUUGUUCAUUUGGCAACGAAAAGGCCUUUCAAAUCGUUUUAAAACACCUUUAUUGAAAUUCGUAGACUUUUUCAGCAUUUUAUAAAAUUUUAAUUAUUAAAAAAGUUACAGUUGUUUUAAAAUAGCAUAUUGUAUAAAGAUUAUUUUUUUAAAAAUAUUUUCUUGUCUUUUUUUAUUUUUCCCUUAUAAGUACUGUAAAAUAAAAGCCGGAAAUAUCUUAUCAUGAGUAAGCUACUACUAUAUUAUUGGUGAAUAGUUCGGUAGAUAGAAUGUCGGAAUGUAUAGAAUAAUUUAUUUUAUAUACUUCAUGUAAUGAUAAAUCAUUGCAAACGAAAAACUAUUCUAAGUGGAGCAUAAUAUCUGUGCUGUUUUUUCAUUGUUGUCAAGAUAUCUCAGGUAUCCCAAAAAACUGAUAGAAACCAAAAAUAAAAAAGGCCUUGUUGGUGAACUGUUGAAAAUUUCGAUAAAUUGUUUUAAAUAAAAUGCCAUUAACCCGAAAAUGUUUUUUUUUUUAAAUACUGCGUGGAAAAAUCGGAGCGUUUUUAUUCCGAUUUUUACUAAUCGUAAUAGUGUUUUCCUGAGGAAAAAAACGCGUCUUUGUAAAACUUAUAGCGUCUUCGUCGUUAUAUACUAAGAAUCCAAUAAAACAUUUCAAAAUGUACCAUUUUUUUCCUUUAAUUUGCAUACAUUCAGAAAAUUUUUCAGAUAUCAAAUUUGAAAUACUCUGUGUAUUUAAUAUUAUAUUUUUCAGUUCAUCAAUUCAGUUAAUUGGUUUUAAAUUAGGUAUUAUUCAAAUGUACAACUUUUUUUCACUAUCUAACCAAUGCAUAAUAAUUAAUAUUCGUGUUUUUACAGCAACGUCAAUAAAUAAAUAUAAAUAUUAUAAGUAUAUCUACUUCAAAUUGAUUGUUUAAAUACAAUAAAACUUGCUUAAGACGCUCUUUAGGGAACCAGCUCUUUAGAGCGUCUUAUGCGGGAAUUGAAAAAUUAAGUGAUUGAAAUAUCGAGUUUAUUUUUUUAUUAUAGAGCAUAAUUUAACGGGUAAUACAUUUAUACAAUAUACAUUGUACAUACCUCGUAUGUAGGUGUUUUUAUUAUUAUUUUUUCUAUUUUAUUAUAUUAAAAAAAAAUUAUCUAUUUUUGUUUGCUUAAGAUUCUGACAGUACAAGAAAUUACUCUAUUUUGUUAACAUAACCAAACAUUUCUUCAACAUUUUCUACAGAGGAUAAUACUUUUCGAAUUUCUGAUAGGUGUUUCUAUUUUUAUUCUCACACAACUACUAAAAUUGAUCGUAAUCUGCUGAACAAAAGAGCGUUUUAUCCGAUUAGAUAGAGAAAAACCGAACAUCUUAACAGGUGAUUUUUACAUUGACUAGAGUAUUGGAAAUGUCUAGGGACCAACGGAAAACAGCGUCUUAUACGGGAAAGCGACUUUAGCGGGAACGUCUUAGCGAGUUUUACUGUACUAUUAAAAAUCAUAAUUCAAAAAUGGAUUGAUUUAUAUUAUUUGUACUGUACAUAUUAAUAUCCGAUUACAAACUAAUAAAAUAAUAUAAGUAUAUACCUACAUAUAUCGACGAUUUUUCCUUUAAUUUCCAACAAUAUUCUCAUAAUCUUUAGAACAACCUGAAUUAUCCAUUACCUUACUUACUACACGUUACGCAUUUUUAUAUGGAAUAUUUAUUUCUUUGGGUAAGUAGUAGGUUCGUAUUAUUCAACAAUUAAAUAUUUGAGAUUGCCCGUCACCAACUGUGUCUAUAUUAUAUGAACUCGAAAGGCAUUUUUUUUUUAAAUUUUAAUUAUUUGCAUGGUUAACACAAAGAAAAAAAAAAGAACAUUUCGCAUUGUAUUUUUCGCAGACCAUGAGAAUAAUACGAGUCUUUAAUUAUAACUAACUAGAUAGUUAAAAAAAAGAAAAUCAAUACUUUGCCCGAAAGAAAUAACGUUCAUUAUUAACAGAUUUAAAAGUUGAAAAAGAAACUACCAUUAGAGAAUGAGAGAUUAUUCACUCCUUUUCGUUAUUUAUAGUAUAUGUACUAUUAUACAGUUAUAUAUUAUAUAAACAACGAAUUUCAUAAUUAAUGAAUUGUUUUGCCCUUUGUUGUCUAUAUAUUGAACGUAAAUCAAUACAUUUUUUAACUCUGCGUAUGACAGGAGUGAAAAGGGUAUAACUAUGAGUCUCUACAGAGUACCUCUGUACUUAUUUUACUUAAACUUAAGAAUAAACAAGUUUUUUUCGCUCGCAUCUUUUAUUUAAUAAUAUCAUAAACGGUUUUUUUUUUCAUAAUUGUUUUAUACGGGGUGGUUAUAUUUCUUCACGAAUGAGCGAUUAUCGAAGAUUUGGAAUGAAUUUGAUUUCUGUGUAUAAUUUAAGCCGGAGGAAUAGCUAAUAAGGAUAGGUAUGCAAUUUCAUACUCAAGUUUAGAUAGGAUGUCUUAAUACUCAAUCUAAAUGUUUAAGUGUUAUAAUUUACUCUCAUAAAGUUAUAUAAUGCUAUAUAUAUUAUAUAAAUAUAAUAUUUAAUAAAUUAUUGUAGGUAUAAAAUUAAUGUUUGAAAUAUUACCUACAGUCGAUAGAUUUAUUGUUACUUCCAAUAAAAUCAUUACAAUACCUACACGUUUUUAUUUUAGAUUCUGAAUGAAGUGAAGGAGCUUAUGGUUGUACACAGAUGUUUAUUUGUUUUAUUUUAUAUUUUUAAUCUGUGCAACUUUUCUACCAGAAAACUUGCUCGGAUUUCUACGUGUAGUACCAUUUCUGAAAGAAAAUUAACGUUGGGAAGUACUUUGAGAAGAUAAUUUUUCGAUUUUUCCUAGGGUUUUCUCAUGAAAUUUGAAAAACCGAAAAAAAAGGGAAAAUAUAAGAAAUGGAGGUACGAGUUAAAAUAUAUUACGGCCUUCUUUUUUCCUGUGCACAUGUUUUUUGCCAGCAAUUUCACUCCAACUUUUAACGACAGCAAUGUUUCUAAAAGGAAAUUUCACUGGGAUAGGUACUUAAGAGAGGUAAUUUUUUGAUUUUUCCAAUAAUUUUCCCUGCAAAUAUGAAUAACUGGUAUAAAACAUAGGAAAAACGUAGAAAAACUGGGAAAUCGGUAAAACAUGAAUCAAAUUUUAUUAAAGAAAAUGUACAAAGCUUUUUUAAUUAUUUUACUAUAAAAUGACGUACAUAUUGUUGACAAAGCAUCACUAUCAACUGAACUCUGCUCAGAAUCGUUUUUUUGUAAGCCAUGGUUUAUCGAUGCAUACAGAUAUACAUUGAAUUUCCGUCUAUAUCCUACCUUUCCAACUUCUCAUCUACACCAGUGGCUGUACCCGUCCUCAUUAUAUUUUAUUAAUUUUUAUCUGUUAACAAUUUUUCUACCAGAAAUCUUGCUCCGUUUUUCAAAUGUAGCACUUUUUCUGAAAAGAACUCUGACUAUUAUGGUACUUUAAGGUGGUCAUUUUUUUGAUUUUCCUAGAAAUUUUUAUAAUUUUUAUAAAUGUGAAAAACCGGGAAAAAACAAAAAAUGUAUUAUUUUCAAAUCGUAAAUAUUACGGUCUUUCAAAACAUGUAAAAUCGAACUCCGUUUAGAAUCGUUUUUCGUUUGCAAUGAUUAAUCAGUGCGUACAAAUUACACAUUAAAUUUCCCUUCUACCUUCCCAAUUUCUCACCUACAAUAGUGGCCCACCCAUCGCGCGAAGUAUGUACAUUUUUUUUAGUAGAUACUCAGUUUAAUUUACCUAAUUUUAAUUUAGUUUAAUAAAUUAGUUUAAUUUUAAUAAAUUGUUUACAUAGAAGUUUAAAAUUAAACCCUAGAAUACAGUAUUAAUUUCGUUUAUUACAAAAUUGUACCAUAUAAAGACAUCAGCAAAUUGUAUCGUUAUUGUCACAGUUCCAUUUAUCAAGGUAACUUUAGUCAGUAUAGACAAUAUUUGGAGGACUAAAUGUAAAUAUAAAAAAGCAAAUAAGGGGGAGGGGACAGAGUUUCUCUGACAUCCACUGUUUUUGUUUUUUUUUUUUUUUUGAUUAUCUACAGAAGAAGAUUGUAAAUAUGUCACUGUACAUCACAAUAUAAUAUUUAAAAUAUAUUAAAAUUUUAAAUAUAAAAUGUUUUUUUGUACCUUUCUUAUAUAAUAUACAUAAUAUUAUCUUUCUCAAACAUUAUUUUUAUUAUCUUGUUAUUUAGAUGACGCAAAAUUAUUUAAAAAGAAUUUAGGAAUGAUUCCAAAUUUUCCAGAAAUCUAGACAGUUUUGUAAAUGUUAAUAUCUCUAAUAAUUAUUUGCGAUCUUUAUCUGCUAAUAUAUUGAUGGCGAUAGGAAAUACAAUUUUAGAUGAGUACUAACUAUUGUUAAUUACCUAUUAAAUUAAAUACAAAAUGCUUUUUUUUAUUUAUAAUUAUGUAAUGCUGAUUUGUACUAGCUAUACAGUUUAUUAAUGCAAUUUUUUAUGUUACAUACUUAUACAUAUUGUGAGUGGAAUUUUGUUCCCAUAACAUAAUAAAUAAUAAUAAUAUAUGAACCGCUAAAUGCAGAAAACCAUUCAUAAAGGGCACAUGUUGAAAUUUUAAAAUGUUUGAAAAAAAAAAAACUUAUGCACCUAGAUUUUUAUAAUAUUUCAUAACUCUAUAACAUAAUUAAUGAAAAAUUAAUUCCAUGUUAAAUUUUUCACACAGAGUUUUAUCUUUCUUGAAUAAUUAUAAAAUUUUAAUAUUUUCCCUGUAUGUGUUAAGCAAUUUAUAUUGUUUUCAUUUUUGUUAUUAUUUGGAUUAUUAAUUUUUAGUAAAUUGGCUGUGUUUGAUGGACAGAAGUCAAUUCGCGGAGGAAUUCCAAUUGUUUUCCGUGAGUAUACCUACAACAAAAGUAAUUAAAUAUUAUAUAAAACAUAUAUGUGUGUACGUUUUUCUGAUAAAAUGUUCACUGUUCAUGCAUCCCUAGGAAUCAAAUGUAAAAAUAAUAAAGCUGGACUUAUAUAUUUACAUUAACAUUGUGUGUAGUCCACUAAUUUGAUUGAAUGUUUUAAUUUAGAGGGUGUUUUAAAAAUAAAAUUAGGAAAUUAUUAUACUUAUAACUAUUAAAAAUAACUAAUCAAUGGAGUAGAAUGGAAGUAAUGAUAAUAUUAUUAUUUAAAUGUCAUUAUUUUAAAUUUUUUUCUAAGAAAUAAACCAGAUUUGUUUUUCAAAUAAAGGAUUGAAAACUUCAAAAAUUAAUUAUUGAAAGCUUUGGCACAUUAUUCUUUGAAAGAAAUAAAAAUCCCGGAAACAAAACAAUAAUAAUUAUGUAAUAGUAAUUUUGACUCACUAUAAAAGUUGUAUAAUGAAACAUAAUGAAAGAAAGUGAACAGAAGAAAACAUUUUUGAACAAUUAAGAAAUAUAAUAUAUCCAUUAUCCAGUAGAACUACUGAUCUGAACAAUUUGGAUAGACAUUAUUAAAAAUAACUGAACAGCGACAUAACAUUUAUAAUGAGAAUAACAUGAUUGGAAAAUAACAGAUUAAUAAUUUGUGAGAAGAAAAUAUUAUUUUUAUUAGAUAGAUAAUUGGAGUAUACUUAUACAGGGUGAUCAUCGUAACACAAGACACUCUUUUAAUCCCAAAGUAUGUUCAUUUCCGUAAUUUUGGUUUUUAAACAUUCAAAACAUACACCUUAUUUAAAGGUGUGAACUUUUUAAUAUUUCCGGCACCCGGUUUAUGAGAUACUCAAUUUUUGUUGGUAGAAUAGUGGAGAACCACUCAAAUGUCGUGUAUUGCUCCAUCAAACAAAUGAUGCUCUACUACUCUUCUCCUGUCCAAACUUAACAGUGGAAAAUCUUGUCAAUAAGUUGAUGUAAAUUAAAAAUGUAUUUAAACUAAAACUUCAUCUAUUUAUUAAUUUUUAAUAUAGGUUGCUAUUUGAAAAUGAAAAAUGAUUUAUCCCCUUAAUAAUUAAGGAUGUAUGAGAUAAUAAAUGAUUCACAUUAUGUUGAUUACUGUACUUUAUUUAAAAAAUAAUUGUAUAGAUAAUAUAUUUUCAAUCAAUAAUAAAAUUGUACAUAUUUAAUGUAAUUUUCAAAACUCAUUAUUAUAAUCUGUUGAAAAGAAGUAUAAUAUUUAAGUGUAAUAUAUGAAUGAUGUAUACAUAUAGUUCCUAUGUACCUAUGUACUCAAUAUUAUAUUAUUUAAUAUUAUUAAUUUAUUCCCUGCUUCUUUUUAAAUAUUAUGAUCUUUGCAUAUUUUUAAAUAAGCUACAGUUUUGGAAAUAUAUAAACAAAAUACCUAUAUAGCUAUAUUAAAACAAUUUUCUAAAGUACUUCUUUAACCUAAGUCUCAUAAAAACAUAUUUUACAAAAAGUAACAUGUUCGUUAAAUAAUUAAAUAAUUAUAUUAUAUUUAUACAGCUCAUUUUGGAUCCUGGGCUUAUGGUCCACAUCAUGGCUUUGCCAUGACAUGUAGAUGGAAUGUUGAAAAACAACCUGAACCAUUAGAAAAUGGCGACAUUGAAUCACUAUUCUCCUUGGUGGAUAAUGCUAUUACAAAACAAAUGUGGAACUAUAGGUAAUUAAUUUUAAUUUAGAAUAACAAUUUACCAGAAGUUACUAUAUUAUAUUAUUUUGGUUUUCAGUUUCAAAUUAGUGUUGAGAGUAAUACUGAGAGAAAAAGAAUUACAAGUCAGCUUCAAUUUAUACAACACUUCUAUCGAGCCAUUCCAAUUUAACAUGCUCUUUCACACAUAUUUAAAAGUACCAGAUGUUCGAAAAUGUAAUAUAUCCGGUCUUCAAGGAUGCAUGUAUGUGGAUAAGGUAUGAACUUUUAAUAUUUAUUUAUUUAAGAUUAGUCAAUUAUAUGUUCAAUGACAUAUAUUAAAUAAUAGACCAAAGAAAAUGGUGUAUAUCAAGAACCUAGAGAAAUGGUGACUGUUAAUCACUGGACUGAUAGAAUCUAUCAAAAUACACAGCAGGAACAUGUGAUUUCAAAUGUUGUAUCUGGAAGAAAAAUGAAAAUGAUUAAGUACAAUAUGCCAGAUACAGGUAAAUAAUAAAUGAUAAAUACUCCAAAAACAAAACUGAAUAAUGUUAUUUUUAGUCGUAUGGAACCCAUGGGAUGUAACGUCUAGCACGAUGAGUGAUUUUGGUGAAGACGAAUAUCCAAACAUGAUAUGUGUUGAAGCUGGCAUAGUGAUCACUCCGAUUACAUUAAAUCCUAAUAAUACAUAUGAAGGAACAAUAGUUUUACAGGUAUAUUUUACAGAAUAAUUUAAAUAGGUACCUAAAUAUUAUACAGUUAUUUGUGAAGUUGACAUCUAAUUAGUUACUAUUUACAUUAUAUUUGUUUAAUAGGUUAUGUGAGUAGAGUCGGGAGCUGCCGUUGGCGGGGCGAGAUCUAAAGUACGUGGUGUCAAUGCGCGCCAACGUUGCUCGCCAUUAUCCGCAGACAUUAAUAGGAACUCCGGCAGCUCCUAUUUUCAAUCACAGAAUUCACCUGUUUCUACAAUGUUCAACAGACAACCAGCUGUAAACCAUGGUUGGUUUACUUCGAUGAUGACUACAGCUGAUAUUUUUGGUCCCCAACGUUAUCCAACUGAUAGCCCUGUACCACCCGUCCAUCAUAAUUCCACAUGUGGUCAGCAUUCAUCAUGUACCAUAUGUUCUCUCAAUUUGUAAAUAUUUUAUAUAUAUAUUAAGUAUUAUCAAUUAUUGUAUAUUGCAGUUCUGCUAUGUUAGAGUAAAGGGGGAUAAAUCUAAAUUUGAUAGUUAUGAGAAAAUUAAUAUGGAAUUUCAAACAUUUAUUAUCAUAUUAUUGUCAAACAAUGUUUCUAUAAAUUAAAGACAAAUACAAAACAAGUAAUGCAAGUAUAAAAAAAUACAAUUUAUUUUAAGUUAUUACUUUAUUCACAAAAUAUUUGAUUUUAAAUUAUUAAAAAUAACUAUCAUUACAUUGUAACAAAAAAAAAAUAUUUUUUAAUGUAGCUUAAAAUAUUAGGAAAUAUUAAGUCCAUCAUAUAGUUAAUACUUUUAUAUAAUAAUAAUGGUUAACUCCAGGGAUAGACUGAAAAUCACAUGUUACAUGUUCUUUUUCUAAGAAUUAGUUUUAGAUGUAACUACUGUUAUGUUAUGUUAUAAAUGAAAUUGGAGUUAGAAUUAAAAAAUAAAGUACUGCAUAAUUCUAACUUACAUGUGGUUAAAUAUCAUAUUUAAUAUUACUAGAGAUUAUUUUUUCCAAUAAAAUAACUUUUAAUUGAUUUUAUUGUUCGUGUUAUACCAAUCAUACACAAUAGGGAUAGAAACAUAGACUUUGACUUUACCAGAGCACAGUCACAUUCCUUUUCUUUCAUGAAGUUUUUUUGGCUGCUAUUAUCAUUGGCACUAAGUGAAUUAUGUUUAUUUUGGCCCUUCACAUGUGUCAAAAUAUAAAGAAAUUUUGAAUUUUAAAUUUUUGCUGAUUAAAAUAAUAUAUUCUAUUACUAACAGUUUUACCUCAUUAAAUAAGAUAUUUGUUUAUCAAUAUAGCGUUCAUGAGUUGUAGUGAACAACUAACUUCUGUACAAAACACUAUAAGUUUAUACCUCUAUGGUAGAUAAGCAUUAUUGUAAAUCAAAACAAUGUUUUUUUCUGUUUAAUCAUUUAAUAUAUCCAUAAUAUCUUGAUAUUUUGUUAUACACAAUUUAUUAAACAAUAUUAUGUUUAUCAUAUAUGCUAUAAGUUUCAAGAGCUUUUACACAAAUAUUUAGAUCAUGUAAAUAAAAUUUCUUAGUAUACACUGUAAAUCAGACUACACCAGUAUAAUUAUUGUUUCUUAUGAGAUGAUUCUACUUGAAUUAAUUUAACUCAAAAUUAAAAUAUAUUAUGAGUAUAAGAGAUUUAUAAUGUUUUUGAGCACUCUUGACUGCAUUAAUUUUGAUAUAUUUUAGCAUACUUUUAAGUGUAUGUUUUACUUAUAUAUAUAUAUAUAUAUAUAUACAUUUUAGAAGGGUGAUAAAUAGGAAAACUACAUAAGAUGAUUUAAGAUAGAAUAUAUAAAGUAAAUAAUACAAUUUUAAGGAUGUGAUUGAAAAAAAAAUUGAGAUAAAAACAAAUGGAAAAAGCUGGAAACCAAUCUGAUAAUUGAAAACAAAAAUAGAAAGGAGACAUUUAAAUCUACUUUUUUCCAUUGAAUAUUAUAAUAUAAAUAAUCUUAUAAUCUUUGACCUAGUAUAAGUCUGUGUCACUAUUUUAUUGUAGUUGGUCGAUCAUUUAGCCAUUGCCAUUUUGAAGGACUCCUUGCCGAUUAAAAAAAUAAAAACAAUCCAAAUCCAGAUAAGUAAUACAAAUGUAUGACUAUUUUAUUACAAAAUUUAAUAUAUUGUACCAAUACUCUAACAAUUAUUAAAAAUCUAUCUUUUAAUGUAAUUUGUUCAAUUAAACUUACACACACACACACACACACACACACACACACACACACAUACAUAUUUUAUAGAAAUUUAAUAAAUGUUUUUACCGGCAAAGGGGUCUUAGUUGUCAAAGUCAGUUUUACGGUUAUGACAAAACUGCAACUUGUCCAAGUUUGAAUAAUUUUACCAUGGAAAUGACGAUAUGACUUGAUAGAGUGAUAAAAAAUUUGAGAAGUACGACCAACAGAAAUAGAAGCUACGGAUAUUCGAGAUUGAUGGGAGAUAUCUGGUGGAAGUAGUAAAAGACCUUCAAAACCUACAAUACUGUAAAAAAAAAAAAAAUAAUAAAUAACAAUUUUCUCAAACUUAAAGAAUUAUUUUUUUUGGGGGGUUUUAACUCUAAAUUUGCAUUAAUUUACUUUUCUGGAUACCCCCUUUACUAAACAUCACAGAAUUAUUUUGUUUAGAUGAUAUAUUUGUGUAAAUAUUACUGUAAUAGUUUUUAAAAUAAAAUGUUUUGUAGAUUAUAUAUUUCAACAUAAACAUAAGAAAUGUUGUCAUCAUCAUCAUUAUUAUUAUUAUUAUUAUUGUACUUAUGUACAAUUAUAAAAGGUUUUAAAAUUAAACCAUUUUUAUUGAAAAUCAAAAUAAUAUAUUAUACGUUGAAAAAUAUUCAAUUUAUUAUUAACUAUUUAGUUGUGAUAAGUUAUGGUAUUAUUUUACAUUUUCUUUUUUAAUUAUAAAUCAUAAAACAACAAAUAAAAAAAAUUGUUGACAUAACUGGUCACAAAAUAAUUUAUUCGUGCAUGUUCUUUUUUAAGUAUUUGUACAAAAUAGUUCUGAUAUAGUUGUAUACUUUUAUUUUAGUUUUUUUACUAACUUUUUUUUAUUGAAAACUCAAUAUUUAAUUAUUAAAAUUAUGAUAAAUAGGCAAUUUAAUUGUUUAAAACUUAAAUGCUCAACAUAAUGUAUUGAAAAUUAUAAUUUAUAAUUUAAAUAUUUUGGUUGUAACUUUAGUUCUCAUGGUAUAAAUUAUUAAAAUAAAAAUAAAUAAUAUUUGUUAAACACAUUUAAUAUUUGUUGGUUUUGUAUUAGCAUCAAAUGAAAUCUAUAGAUACCUUUGAUAAUUAUUUGUUUAGAAUUUACUUUUUAAUAGUUGAUGUUCAUUUGAACUAUAAUGUAAUACUUUGUUUGUUUUAAUAAUUUCUAUUAAUUUGAUAUAAUAUUGCUAUCAAAUUGUAUUUUAUUUAAGUAAGCAGGUAAAAUAAAAAUAUUUUUUGUAAUAAAAAAAAACUGAUUAUUAUUAUUUUUAGAUCUAGUGUCAACAAUACCACUAGUUGUGGAAUAAUUAAGUUUAAUAAAUAUUGUAAUUAAAUUAAAACCGUUUAAUUAGGAAACACAUCAUAUUAUAAUUACAGACAUAAUAACAAUUUAAAAUCAUUUUUGUUAACUUUAUAUUUGUUGAUUUUAAGUCUUCCAGUGUAGGCGACAAUUAGUAUUACAUUAUUACUGAUACAUAUUGUGAUUUACUUGAUUUAUGAAUUAUAAAAUCAUACCUUAACCAUUUAAGAAAUAAACUAUGGGCUUAAUGUAUUGGUGUUAUUUUUUCUAAUGUAGAAUACCAAUUUUAUAAAUUUAACUAUAGAUUAUAAAAAUUAUUGUAAUAAUUGUGGUUGUUCAGUGAUUACAUGAUAUUAUUAGUUAUUAAUAAUUAUGUGUUACUUUAGAUUUAAGUACAUUUUUAUUUUAUUUUAUUUUAUUAUAUAGAAUUAUUAUUAUUAUUUUAAUUUCAUCAACAUGUAAUUUUUUUUUUAAAU